AUGGAUCUGUUUGAUCUCGACACUUACUUUAGCCGGAUAGUACCUUUGAAAGCGGUACAAAACGUCAUGUUACGGUCAGCGAUGGCUGCCGUAGCUGCCAAUCAAAUUGGCCAGCUGCUAGCCAACCACUCCCCUCGAGAAGACUUACAGCAUCUCUUACCGAUUAUGGGCGAAGAUGGUGCAAUGCAACAUACCGAUUGGUUUUACAAGGCAGCGAAUUACUACGACCGGGGGAUCUCUUAUCUAAGAAUAUUCUUACAACGCUGGUUGAGUGAUUCCAACAAUGAUUGGAUCGGACACACGUCAAGAUCCAACACCACCAGACACGCCUCAGAGACUGGUACCAGGAAUGUCUCUAAUACCGCCUUGCCUCAUAAGCGGCGGAGGAUUAAUGAACAGGAAUCAUCUGGAGCGGAUAUGGAAGCGUUGGUGGCCGCCAUCUCAGUCUUCUCGUUGUACGAGUCACUGGACAACCCUACAGAGGAUUGGUCUCAGCACCUUGAUGGGUUCAAGGCUCUCCUGGAAACCAAGAUCAUCCCUCAAGCCAUGUCCGCCCCGCGUCCCCGACCCGACCCUUUCAUCUCGAUGAAAGCAGGCCGGGCCGCCUUUUGGAAUUUCGCACGUGCCGACUACUUGGCGGCGUACAUCAACCACUCCAAGACCCGGCUUGACCCAGACAAUCUGACCAUGUGGAAGGCCGCCGGGCUGCCAGUGACGGAUGACGGCACCCUGACCUAUAACGACCCAAUCACACCCGGCAGUGCGGUUGUGUCAUAUCGACCUGGAGAUAGGGAGGACCUGGUCUCCUGCACGCUGAUUUGGAUUGUCCUACGGACCAUGAAUUUCAUUGCUCCUCCGGAAGAUGCAGGUGGAAGCACUGCGCACACUCCCAUGAGUCUCGACACUCCGGCGACAAAACCCGGCUCGGAUGCUGGGGGCCCAAACUCCCUCCGAAGCCGGAUUACCCGUUGGAAGCAACUACGGCGCCAACUCGAGGACUGGUACGACAAUCUGCCGUUCACAUUCCAGCCAUACGCGAUAAUGGGGGCGCAGACUCCCUCCGACCAACCACCCGAUCAUCCACCCCGGUUCACCCGCAUUUUCUUCUCCGUCCCCAUGUGCGCGGCGGCCCUACAACUGUACCAUUUCGCACAGAUCUUGUUGCUGCUGAACCAACCUGUCGACGAGAGCGAUACGCGCAAUCUCGCCAACCGGAUCCGGAUGUUUCGUAAGGUGUCGGAAGAGUCGGAGCACCACAGCCGACAGAUAUGUGGGAUCGCUUUGGGCAAGCCUCCGCCCGCUGUUGCCAGACAGAUGGUUCACUCGCUCUAUCUCGCUGGGCUGUGCUUUGAAGCAAAAGAUGAUCGCAUGGUGGUGAUCGAAUUGCUCAAGAAUAUUGAAAGAGAGACGGGUGCAUCGACGGCGCAUCGAGUCAGAGAACUCCGCGAGCAAUGGGGAUGGGAAGAGGAGGUACAGGAGGUACAGUGA